GAGAAAGGGAAAGAGAGGCCCCAGCCAAGCACUGCCAGGCGCCUUCACCCUCCUCCCUCCCUCCAUUCACAAGGCAAGGCAAGCAAGUUGUGAAUACUUCUCCCUCCCUCUCUCCGCACUCAGAGGGUUGAGGAAUGUUGCGGCUGUGGAUGCUCAAGGAAGCUGCUGCAGCCGCCCCGAGGAGGAAAGCCAGAGCAGGCGACCGAGACGGCUAAAAUAAACCCAGACGGAGCCAAAAGGAAGGGGCGAAAAUGGGAGAAGAGCGAGCCCUAUGAACACCACCACCCACCCUUGCACCUUGCCGCCUUUCACGUCCAUCGCCGUGCCUUGUGGAGACGUAUCCCUGGUGGAAGCCCGCUUGUAGCAACCAACGACGGAACCACCACACCUAUUUGGGGUCUGUGUCACAGUUGUCAUCAUUUCGGAAGGGAUUUCCGCUGUGCCGGGCUUCGGAAGAGAAUUUCCGCCUGCCAGCGUGUGCCCAAGAAGAAGAGCCAACUCGACCUCAAGAGCAAACGUCUCCAAACAUCUCACUCAUUCCUGGUUGCCACUGUGCCAUUACUGCAUCUCCCUGUAUGCCAUAGUUGCCAUCGUUUUUGGGGAGGGAUUUCAAACAGAGAGAGAGUGUGCCCAAGAAGAACCACCAACUCAACCUCAAGAGCAAACGUCUCCAAAACAUCACUCUCAUUUGUGCCAUAAUUGUGAAAUAGACUCAGAAGAAGAAGGGACACCUAUUUGGACUCUGUUUUCCUUGUGCUGUGUCACCGUUAUCAUCGUUUUGGAAAGGAUUUCGAGAAAGCCACCGCUGGUUGUCGGAAGGCAAAGUGUGCCCAAGGAGAAGAGCCAACUCGACCUCAAGGGCCGUCUCCAAACAUCUCUCCCAUUUGUGCCAUAAUUGUAAAAUAGACUGGAGGAGGAGGAGGAGGAAGAAGAAGAAGAAGAAGAGAGUGGGUGGGUGGGGGCUUGAUAGAGCAAAACCUUCUUAAGAUAUUAUUUUUUUCUCUUGCGAAAGCUACAUUACACCCUCUUACCUAUACGAGUUCAUUCUUCUGCUGUUCAAGAGGUAGACACGCACGCAACCAUGAUGUUUCGAGACCAGGUGGGAGUUUUGGCAGGUUGGUUCAAAGGCUGGAACGAGUGCGAACAGACCGUGGCCUUGCUUUCCCUGUUGAAAAGAGUGAGCCGGAGUCAGGCCCGAUUCCUCCAACUCUGCCUUGAGCAUUCCCUGGCUGACUGCACAGAGCUACACGUUCUGGAAAAUGAAGCCAACAGCCCUGGAAUCAUUAACCAGUGGCAACAGGAAUCCAAGGACAAAGUCAUUUCUUUAUUGUUAACUCACCUGCCUUUGCUGAAGCCCGGGAACGUGGAAGCCAAGGGGGAGUACAUGAAGCUGCUGCCCAAAAUCCUGGCCCACUCCAUCGAGCACAACCAGCACAUCGAGGAGAGCCGGCAGCUCCUCUCCUACGCCUUGAUCCACCCUGCCACGUCUCUGGAGGACCGCAGCGCGUUGGCCAUGUGGCUCAACCACUUGGAGGACCGCACCUCGGCGGUGGCAUCAGCAACGGCAUCCGGCACCUUCGGAGGCCAGGCCAGAGGACGUUCCGACUCGGCGGAUUACGGCCAGGCGCAUUACUACCACCAAAGACAGAACUCGGACGACAAGCUGAACGGCUGGCAGAGCUCCCGGGACUCGGGCAUCUGCAUCAACGCUUCUUCCAACACCUGGCAGGAGAAGAGCAUGGGCUGCGAGAACGGCCACUUGCCCCUAUAUUCCUCCUCCUCCGUUCCGGCCACCAUCAACACCAUCGGGACCGGUACGGGCACAAUUCUCUCGAGCCAGACCCACCACAGCCCCUUGAAGCGGUCUGUGUCCCUUACCCCGCCCAUGACCGUCCCCAACCAGCCUCUUGGGCACGGAUGGAUGUCUCAUGAGGACUUGCGAGCGAGAGGACCGCCCAGCCUCCCCUCCGACCAUGCCCCCCUGUCUCCUCAAAGCAGCAUCGCCUCCUCGGGAAGCGGUGGGAGCGAGCACUUAGAAGACCAGACCUCCGCCCGUAACACAUUCCAGGAAGAAGGGAGUGGAAUGAAAGAUGUUCCUGCCUGGCUCAAAAGUCUGCGCCUCCACAAAUACGCUGCCCUUUUCUCCCAGAUGACCUACGACGAAAUGAUGGCCCUCACCGAGUGUCAGCUCGAGGCUCAAAACGUUACCAAAGGCGCAAGGCACAAAAUCGUGAUCAGUAUCCAAAAGCUAAAAGAGAGGCAGAACCUCCUCAAGUCCCUGGAACGGGACAUCCUUGAAGGGGGCAACCUCCGCGUCCCUCUCCAGGAGCUCCACCAAAUGAUCCUCACCCCGAUCAAAGCCUACUCUUCUCGGACCUCGGCGGGGGACGGACACGGCCGGGACCCAGAGCCGCGCCGCCCCACGUCUCUGAUCGUCUCCGACGGCCACGGGCCCGACUGCAAGGACUCCGCUUCCGGGGGGCUACACCACCACCCGCACUUGCCGGGCUGCGAGGGCGAAUCUGGAGGCAUCCCUCUGGCCGAAGGAGACAUCCCGGGGCAGUUCACGAAGGUGAUGGGGAAAGUGUGUACUCAGCUUCUUGUCUCCAGGCCAGAUGAGGAGAACAUCAGUUCCUAUCUACAGCUCAUCGACAAAUGCCUAAUUCAUGAGGCGUUUACAGAGACGCAGAAGAAACGGCUGUUGUCAUGGAAACAGCAGGUGCAAAAACUCUUCAGGUCUUUCCCUCGGAAAUCCAUCCUGGACCUCUCGGGAUACCGGCAGCAAAGAACCCGAGGUUUUGGCCAGUCGAACUCCUUACCGACAGCUGGCUCUGUAGGUGCAGGAAUGGGCCGGCGGAACCCGCGCCAGUUCCAGAUCCCUUCCCGGAACCUCCCCACUUCGCGGCUGGGGCUCCUGGGACCCACUGGCCUCUUGGGGGCCACACAGCGCAACUCGGCGGCCAACCCUACCAUCCUCAAGCAAGGGAGACAGAACCUUUGGUUUGCAAACCCCGGCGGAAGCAACAGCAUGCCCAGCCGGACUCACAGCUCGGUCCAGAGGACACGUUCGUUACCGGUCCACACCUCUCCGCAGACGAUGCUUAUGUUCCAGCAGCCAGAGUUCCAGGUACCAGUGACAGAACCUGAUAUCAAUAACAGGCUGGAGUCCUUGUGCCUCAGUAUGACCGAACAUGCCCUGGGAGACGGUGUGGACCGGACCUCAACAAUCUAGAAGCUGGAGGAGUGUCAGCGCUGGCCGUGGGAAGGAUUUGGCUGCUGGACCAGUGGGAAAAGUUGACGAUGAAUCCUGGGAUGUGGGAAGGACCCUUGGAGACGCCUCGCCGCCUUUUCAUUGCUCUUUCCUCCUUCCCUUCCCUCUCCGUCUCCUUUCCUUCCUCCCCCUUUGCUCUCAUUUUGUGAAAGGGUUGUUUAGCUUAACCGGUAUGUCGUCCAAAACAAAACAAAACAAAAA